AUGCGGAAGCGGGAGCGCGAGAACCCAUGUUACAUCUGCGGACACUACCAUAAAUACGAGGAGGGGGAGCCGUGCGGGGUGUGCGGGCAUCGAUUAAUCCCCGCGGACGAGCGCAGCAACGGCGCCGCGGCGCAGGCGCACAGCGCGUUCUCGUCGGAGAUUAUCCCAGGGUUUCUGUUCUGCGGGAGCUACGACAACGCGUCGCGAUCGGAGCUACUUAAAGCGCAAGGGAUCACUCGGAUCCUAAACACCGUACCCACGUGUCAGAACCUCUAUAAGAACUCCUUCGUUUAUCACACAGUGCAAGACAGCAAGGUCAUUCCCUUCGAAGAAUGCAACCAAUUUAUUGAGCAAUGUGAGCGGGAGCAGGCGAAGGUACUGGUGCACUGCAUGUCGGGCCAGAGCAGGUCGCCAGCAGUGGUGGUGGGAUACCUGAUGCGCGCCAAGGGGGUUCAGAUGAUGCAUGCUGUUAACAACACACCCUGUCACUCUUCACCCAACCCCUUCCUCCCAACCACUCUCUUUCCCCCUUGCUGCAGGUCGCCAGCAGUGGUGGUCGCCAGCAGUGGUGGUGGGAUACCUGAUGCGCGCCAAGGGGGUCAAACUGACCGAGGCAGUCGCAUGGGUGACGGAGAGACGACCAUCAGUCAACAUACAGCCGGCCAGCUGCAGGCCUUUGAAGCCCGCCUCUUUGGAGGUGACGCCGCUCUGAAUUCUUCCGACCAGCUCCAGCAGCAACAGCUGCAACAACAGCAGCAGCAGCAGAUUCCGCAGGCAGGGGCGUCGUCAGGCCACAUCACUCCCCUCUCUGCUCCCGGCCAGUUCCCCGCCAACACCACCGCCUCCCCCUCCUCCUUCCCACCACUCCCCAACUUCCCAUUCCCCAUGCCGCCCUUUCCCCUAGGCCCUGAUGCCAAUCCUGCUGAUGCUGAUGCUGCUCCCCCGUUUGCAGGCAUGCCCCCUCUAGCCCCUGUCCCCUUCCCGCCUAUCCCUGGCAUGCCAGCUGGCGGCAUGCCAUUCGCCUUCCCUGGUAUGGGGGCUGGCGCAGGGGGAAAUCCUCCCGAGGGGUUUGUGUUUGGGGCAGGGGGGGAGGCAAACAGAGGGGGUGCAGGGCAGGGGGGGAAUGGGGGAGGGGUGCAGUGA